AUGGAUCCUAAAACUACGGAUUGGCGAGCCGGUCCAAAUGUUUGUCGUUGUUGUUUAGCGGAAGGGUGCUAUAAGGACAUUUCUACGGAAUAUUUUUGGAUGGGGAAGCGUGAAGUAUACGCUGAAAUGCUUUCCGAGACCCUUAAUCUAAGUAUUGCCUAUUCAAACUCCGGCGGUCCAAACAGCAACAGCCGCUUGAUAUGUGAACUAUGUAUAUCUCGGUUACGGGACGCCUCGGACUUCAAGCGGCAGGUCCAGGAGUGUGAGCGGACGUUUCUACGGCAUUUAGACCCAGGCAGCUCUUCGAUGGUCGGCGAGGUUGAAGUGACAGUGGAGCCAACAGAAAUAGAUCCAGACGUGAAACUGGAACGCGUGAAACAAGAGAAGCCGGUGAGCGAUGAUGAUGAUGACUUCGACGAACGAUGCGGAUUCGAUGAAGACGAUGAUGACGAUCUUGACGAUCAACCCCUAACGAGACUAGCAAGCAGGAUACCUAAAAAGGAGUCAGUAGACCUCCUGGACCUCCUCGAUAACACUAAAGCGACGGAAAAGAGGAAGUCGUCAUCGAAAACUAAAACAGUGCCCGCCAAAAAGGCUAAAACUAUCAAGAAGGAUGUCAAAGCGACCUCUAGCAAGGCACCAGUUAAAACUGAGAAGAAGAAAAAAGAACCACAUUUAAUGGCGAAAGAAAACGCAGAGAUAUUAUUGAGGUGUUCCACCAUGUAUCCGUUCAGAUUACGAGGGAAAUCAAUCACUUGCGUCUAUUGCUGCGAAGGAUAUGAAGACCCCGCGCAAUUUAGACGACACGCCGACGACCACCACCAGCACUUCAACAUUACCACAGCAUUCUACCACAUGAGCAGUGCCAAAGAGUACAUCAAAGUAGACAUCUUUGACAUGAAGUGCAGACUAUGUUUACAACCCUUUGAAAAGGUUGAUGAGAUCGCAGAACACCUAAAGGAAGUUCAUGAGGAGGCUGUUAAGAGACUAAACCUCGACUAUGACAUAGGUGUCCAACCCUACAGACUAGAUAGCAACAAUUACUCUUGCUAUCACUGCGAUAAAAAAAUGCCCUCUGUCACCACCCUAUGUCGUCACACCAUCCUCCAUUACAAACGCUUUACUUGCGACACUUGUGGCAGAAACUAUCUAUCACACGAAGCCUUAAAAUACCAUAUCAAGGUCAACCAUUCAGACAACCACGUUUGUCGCAAGUGCUGGCGGGAGUUUUCCACAAUGGAAGAAAAGAGGGAUCAUAUAAAAUCCAAUAAGAAAUGUUGGACAUUCUGUUGCAUAAUUUGCGGAGAGAGAUUCCAAUCUUGGGAGCAGAAACAGAAGCAUUUGGAGAUCGAGCAUGGACAGGACAAAAUUAUGUAUAAAUGUCCUGAUUGCGACAUGAAUUUUUCGACCAGAAAGUACUUUUAUACUCAUUACAAACUGACGCAUACAGAUGAGGGAUUCCAAUGCGCUUGUUGCGGUAUGAAGUUUAAUACGCAGAAGCAGCUAGAUGACCACACCCUUGGUCAUACUGGAGAGAAACAAUUCGUGUGUAAUAUUUGCUCCAAGACCUUCGUCCGACAGAAGAGUCUGACCCAACAUAUGUGGAUACACAGUGAUACUAAGCGAUUUGUCUGCCUCCUUUGUGAAAAGCAAUUCAAUCAAAAAGUCAGUCUCAAAUCUCACAUGAAAACUAACCAUCCAGAAGUCAAUAUUGUGUUCUGA